AAACAGUGGGUACAAUUCGAAGCCGGGAGAUAAAGAUCAAGCUGAAGACUUGCUUAUGCUCAAGUAGUGGAUUAAGAAGAACGAAAGAGAAUGGAAAGCAACACAGGAAAAGGAAAGGUUGUAUGCGUCACUGGUGCUUCUGGCUUUAUUGCUUCAUGGAUCGUCAAGCUUCUUCUUCUUCGUGGUUAUACUGUCAAGGCCACUGUUCGUGAACCAAAUGAUUCAGUAAAAGUAGACCACUUGCUCAAACUUGAUGGGGCAAAGGAGAGACUGCAGCUGAUUAAAGCAAAUCUCAUGGAAGAAGGUUCCUUUGACGUGGCUGUUGAGGGGUGUGAGGGCGUCUUUCAUACGGCAUCUCCUGUUGUUCUCAGUGUUAAAGAUCCACAGACUGAAUUAAUUGAUCCAGCAGUCAAAGGAACUCUUAAUGUUCUCAAAUCAUGUACAAAAUCACCAUCCGUGAAACGAGUUAUUUUGACUUCUUCCACUGCUGCAGUUGUGUAUAAUGGAAAGCCUAAAACUCCUGAAGUUGUAGUUGAUGAGACUUGGUUCUCAAAUCCAGAUAUCUGUAGGGAAUUUAAAAUGUGGUAUACACUUUCCAAGACUUUGGCCGAAGAUGCUGCCUGGAAAUUUGCAAGAGAAAACAAGAUUGACUUGGUUGCUCUCAACCCAGCAGUGGUGAUUGGGCCACUCUUGCAACCAUCACUUAAUGAAAGCUCUGCUGCAAUAUCAAAUUUAAUAAAUGGUGCGCAAACAUUUCCAAAUUUUUCUCUGGGUUGGAUUCAUGUGAAGGAUGUUGCAAAUGCUCAUAUUCAGGCAUUUGAGAUUUCUUCAGCAAGCGGAAGGUAUUGUUUGGUUGAGACAGUAGCACACUACUCUGACAUUGUGAAGAUUUUGCAUGAGCUAUAUCCCACAUUACCACUCCCGCAGAAGUAA